AUGCUCCUGGCUCCGACGACCCCACAAUCGACCACAAAUACACUAUUGCAAUCUGGAGGCUGCUCUAAACUGCUAUUCACUUCCAAAUUCCGGGGAAAGGUGCGACAGAUUCAAGAAUGUCACGAAAACCUUCAAUCAUGGGAAGUGCAGGAGCUCUGGAAGUGGUUCGAUGGCCCCAAUCCCUCAUCAACACCGUCAUCUUACUGCCGUGAACUUGUGUUUGCUCGGGAGAAAGACCCUGCAGUGGUCCUGUAUAGCUCUGGGACUACGGGCUUGCCAAAAGAGAUUCCCUUGCCUCAUGGAUACUUCUCUGCCUUGGACUACUUCCAGCAUCUCCCAGUUCCUCCGGGUAGAGUUUCCACGGCUCCUUGGCUCAGUAAGCCAGAACACCCACACUUUCUGAAGACCAGCCUGUUCCAUGCGAGUGGUAUAAUAACCUGGGCUGCAGCACUUUUACACGGAACACAUUUCGUUAUAGGCCCCGAUGUACCAUUGACAGCCUCACUUUUGAAGCAGAUUGUGGCUGAGACCAAGGCUAGAUCUGGCCUUUUUUUGCCAGACACGCUGUCGUCUCUUAGCUCGUCGGUGAAGGGGCUUGAAGCGAUAUCGAGCCUUGAUUGCGUUAGUUUUGUUGGCAUGCCCUUACCCACGGACGUGGGAGACAGAAUCAGCCAAGUGGUACGCUUGCAAUCCUCUAUCGGACUUACUGAAACCGGCUACUUCUCUACGCUACAGCCUCUGAAGCGCGAGGACUGGGAAUACUUCGAAUGGAACCCCAAUCAUCCAGUGGAAAUGAGGUUCUAUGAUGACAAGUGCUCUCAACUAGUUGUCCCGCGGCCUGCUGGGCGAUUUACGCACUGCGCUUUUCUUGUUCUUCCAAAUCACCGUGAAUUUUGUACUGGCGAUUUAUUCACCCAACAUACGGAAAAUCCCGCACUGUGGAAGCAUGUCGGUCGUUGCGAUGACAUUUCUAAACUCCAAAAUCGUGUGCUUCUCUACCCUCAUCCGAUAGAAACAACUUUGACGGGGCACAAUUCAGUUUCCAAGGCCAUUGUCACAACUGACCAUGCUCUUCGCGUGUUGGUCAUCAUAGAACCGACGAGGGAUAAUCAACAUAUGCCCAGAGAUGUCGCAAACGCUAUCUGGCCUUUAAUUCAGAAAAUCAAUAAGGAUCUUCCUCGUGAGGCGCAGAUUACAAAAGACCAUAUUUUGAUCGCCCCAUCUAGCAAGCCGUUUCAAACUACAGCCAAAGGCACCGUGCAACGCCGCUUGGUGGUACAAAGCCAUUCAAAGGAUAUUGAGGCUAUCUCAGCUCUUGGCGACGUGUGA